GCUGGAUUAGCCGCUCUUUGGAUUCGUCGUUGUCUUUCGUGUUCCAGUCGGUCAUAGCUCGGGCUUCUAGUGCAGAGUCCAGCUGAUACCACUUGAUUCUUGCGAAGCACCGCGCGCUCAAUCAAAAGAGGAGCCAGCUCAGCAUCUUGUUGUACUCUUGGUUCACUCCUUGUCCCAGCUGCAUCCUGUCCUUCGAAUCCUGACCUCAGACUCGCUCGCUACCGAGUGCCAAAACCGCAUGGGACAAUAUAGGCACCUCGCUCUUCCAUUUGCAGUAUGCACCGUCGCAAGUCAAGUAGAGAGGAGGACAAUGCGAUCGUCACCUUCCCGAAUGGUAGUACCAGCCCUACCUCCCUUCAAGCUACGAACCAUGCUGCCAAUGCUGUCAACGAUCACACCGAAACCCCGAGGAGCUACCCGCCAUCCGCUGGACCAUACCGAACGUCCUUCGUCCAGCCGUCCAAGUCCCCCACCGGCGUCAAUGGUCCCUCCUUCGCGCGUCCAAGUCAACCUCACGGACAUGCGCAUGCGCACGCACACACGCGAAAUCGUUCCAUAUCCUACGCGCCUGCUUCACCGUCCCCCCUAUCACCCUCCUUCUCCUCCCGAGUUCAUGUUCCUCCUUCACCCUCGCCGAGCUCGCAAGGCUUCUCGCCUUCUCCUUCCUUUGGCUCUGCCGCUUCGUCAGACUCCCUUCCACCCACGACGAGUCGCGAACACGCACGUAGACACUCGCGCAUCCAUUCGCGGAAUCUCUCCAUCUUCUUCCCUAGACCCGGCUCCUUGCCUACCCACACCAUUGCAGAAGACGGAACCCAGGAACUCGAACUUGGUGUUGAUGGAGAAACCACCUUGGAGGCACCUGUAAUGAAUAUCCCCCAUGCGCCGCCAAGUCCGGAAAUGCUGCGCUCUGGAUUCAAGUUUGGUGGACGGCAGGGUGAUGACGGCGCUGCGCUUCCAGCAAAUGGCACGCCGACGAGUGCCUCCAGUCAUUCGGCACGGAGAGGACAUCACCACAAGCAUUCACUCUCCCACAACUUCUUUUCCUUCCUUGAACCUGGCAAUCAAACUCCAGCACAGCUCCAUACGACCCCAACCCCAACCCCCAUCUCCCCAUGGAACCCGAUAUCACCCUUCCCCGAUACUCAAACAAACGGCAGCGCGUCUACUCCUGCCUCAUCGACAUUCGCUCAAGCACAGGAGGUUUCCCUACUUCAGAAGCCCCUAGCGGCGUUACCGACGUCGAGAGUCAGCCCCGCGGCUGCCGUCUCCUCGUUAGCACAGUUUGUUUUGGGCGCAUGGAUGUGGGUUGCAGGUCAGCAGAAUGGCUCGCUUGCGUGUACGGGCUUGGGGUACUGGAUUGUCUUCGACGCAUUUGGCAUCGCAUUGGCCAAGGUACUCCCCGGCUACCUCGCGCGAAAAUCAAUGCAAUCCAAGACACGGAGACCUUACGGGAACGCCCGAGUGGAGACUGUGUUCUUGUUCGCGCAGACAGUAUACCUGAUUUUUGCGUCGGUGUACGUAUGUAAGGAGACGGUGGAGCACCUUCUGCUGUCUGCUGGCGAGGGCCAUCAUCAUCAUUCCGGCGACGAGGAGAUCAACUUGACAGGGAUUCCAUUCCCGAUAUACAUUGUGUUCUUAUCCCUUCUUUCGCUCGUUGGAUCCGCCCUCGCAUACAAUACACAUUCUAAGCUAGUAAACACCACCGGCAAUCAAAUACCCUCGCUUUCUAGCUAUAUCCAGUCGUUACGUUCACGCUUCCCCACUGCCAUUCCUUCAGACGAGGUUGAGCCCGCGAAGCCUAUCUCGCGUCUGCUCUCAAACCCAUACUCGAUAUCACCAAUUGGGUUUUCAGUUGCUAUAUUAUACGGAGCUAACUUCCUCCUGCCUCAUCAGCAUCGGGCUUUCGAUCUCCUGCUUGCGUUGGGCGAGGCUUUCGUUACCUUCAGUGUGGCGUACCCCGCGGCUGUCGCUCUCGGAGCGGUGUUACUGCAAAUAUCCCCUGCUCGAGGGCUGGCGGAUGGACGUAUGGAGGCCUUCCUUCGGGCCAUGCGUGAGGUCGAACGGCAUCCCAAAGUCCUUCACCUGCCGGCACCUCACAUAUGGCAGCUCACCCCUUCUCUCUCGCGACAACCAUGUUCAAAAGACGCAGGUUCCACCGCGCAAUCGCUCGUUGUUACGUUGGAGCUACACGUUCGGCGUGAUAUGGACGACGCGGAUGUGCUAGAGCUGACACGGUGGGCACACGAGCGGUGUAAGACCGCACUAAGGAUCGGUAGGGGUAGGGACGCGGAUGUUGAACCGGAGGUGACCGUUGGUGUUGUGAGGGGCUGAUGUUUGCGGUAUACCACAUGGACAGGUUGCUAGGAAGACACCCGUAGGCUCGUUCCAAGUGCAUAUGGAUAUCGUUUGC